AUGGGACAAAUGGCUAAUGCAAUAGGCCAACUGCAAGCUCAGGGCACCGGUAACCUUCCUGCACAAUCAGUGCCGAAUCCAAAUGUAAGUGCAAUUACCUUGAGAUCCAGAAGAGUGUCAGAACCAGCUCCAGAGAAAAAGAAGAAGAAAACCAUUGCAUCAUCAUCUACUCCUGAACCUGAACAUGUUAUUGAACCUUCUGUUACAACUGAAACUAGAACUGAAAAAGUAUAUGUGCCACGAAUUCCUUUUCCUCAAAGGGUGCAGAAAAAUAAAAAGAAGACAGUUGAAGAAGACAAAGAGAUUCUUGAUACAUUCAGAAAAGUAGCAGUUAACAUUCCUCUUCUUGAUGCAAUUAAGCAGAUCCCUAAAUAUGCAAAAUUCUUGAAAGAUUUGUGCACAAACAAGAGGAAGGUGAAGGAAAAUGACAGAGUCAGUUUGGGGAGAAAUGUUUCUGCUUUCAUUCAUCCCAAAUCCAGUUCCUCGGCUAAUGUCUCAGUUCUCAGUCAGACCCUGCCACAAAAGUGCAAGGAUCCAGGAGUUUUUGCUAUUCCUUGUUCCAUUGGGGAUAGAAAGUUUGAAAAUUGCAUGCUUGAUCUGGGAGCAGGUAUUAAUGUUAUGCCUACUUCUGUUUAUAAUAACCUUGAUCUUGGUCCUUUGCAGCCUACAGGUUUGAUUAUUCAAUUGGCGAACACGAGUAAUGCCCGCCUUGCUGGAGUGCUAGAAGAUGUCCUUGUGCAAGUUAAUGACUUAAUUUUUCCUGCAGACUUCUACAUUUUAGAUAUGGAGGGAGAAACUAAUUCCAGCAGGGCACCCAUCAUUCUAGGCCGACCCUUCAUGAGGACGGCAAAAACAAAAAUUGAUGUUUAUGAUGGCACAAUGUCCAUGGAGUUUGGCGACAUUGUCGUUAAAUUUAACAUUUUUGAUGCCAUGAAACAUCCCUUAGAGGAACACUCUGUUUUUUAUAUGGAUUUGGUUUCUGAGUUGGUUGGUGAGACCUGUCCUGAAUUCUUUUCCGCAGAUUUUCCUUCAUUGUCCGAUUUUGAUUCAUGUACUAAUACUAACCUUUGCUCUGAGAUUGCAUCUUCCUUGCAGGAUAAUAACUUUCAUACAGGUGAAGAUAAAGUUGUUGAUGAAGAUGUCUAUGUAGCUGAAGUUCUACCCAAAAUGUCAUCCAUUGAAGAGCUCUCCUUGGACGAGCCUUCCUACACCACAACAGCUACAACGUAG